AUGUGGGGCGGAGCAAAUCCAAAUGCAAAUUCAAAUCAUGUGCCAGCCAAUAACGCCAACGGUUCUCAGAAUUCAAACAAUAACUUCCACCACAAUAAUGUCCAGCAACCUACCAGUACGCAUACUGCCAGGACGGCUACCACCAGCAACACCUCCUUUGCUCCACCGCCACAAGCCAACCACACGGUCCAGCAACCUACACAUACCACCAAGACGACAGCUACCAACAACAAAGUCUCCUUUGCUCCACAGCCAAAUGCUGGUGUUCAACAUCCUACAAGCACCGCUUCCGACAUGGAGAAAAUGAUGCAAGCAAUCACAAUGCAAAUGGCACAGAUGCAAGCAAACCUAACAGCACAGAUGCAGCAGCAGGAGCAACGAGUGCAGCAGCAAGUGCAGCAAGUGAAUCA